AUUGGAAGAACGUCGAUGCACCGUCUGUGCAAUGGCAAAGGAGGAGAGCAAAGGCCAGGAGUCUGCGAGGGCUUUGCACAGAAAGCAAACCAUGGAGAACAACAGUUUUCGACUGAAAAUAGAAAGAAAACAUAAAGAAAUGGGGAAGAAAGCAAAGGUCUGUAGUGCUUGGCUGAACUGGAAAGGCUUCAUUCAGACAACCCUGGAAGCCCAUGGAAAUCUGCAUCGGAAGUACAGCGGCAAACAUAAAACCGUUUAUCGGGCUCCGUUGCUUUAG